GGCGGAGCCAAACCGGCGGAGUCGGCGGGUUACGAAUGGACGGAUCACAUCUCUCUCUUCCCGUCUUUUAUAGUCAAGGAAGGGGAAAGAUGGCGCCUACACAUGUACUGAGAUGCUGCCAGAGGGGUCUGGCGUGGAUACCGGUGAUAUUUAUUGCCUUAGUGGUGUGCUGGUCGUAUUAUGCAUACGUGGUGGAGCUGUGUCUGUUUACUAUUCCCAGCACUCUUGAAAAAGUUGUCUACCUGGCUGUGUUUCAUGUGUCGUUCAUCAUGUUUGUUUGGUCGUACUGGAAAACCAUCUUUACAAGACCGAGCACCCCUUCCAAAGAGUUCUGUCUACCCAAAACUGAGAAAGAGCAGUAUGAGAAAGAACAGCGUCCGGAAAAUCAGCAGGAGAUCCUGAAGAGAGUGGCCACCAGUCUGCCCCUCUACACCCGCACUGGGGCAGGAGCUAUCCGGUACUGUGAUCGCUGCCAGGUCAUCAAGCCAGACAGAUGUCAUCAUUGUUCUGCAUGUGACAUGUGUGUAUUAAAGAUGGAUCAUCACUGUCCGUGGGUGAAUAACUGUGUGGGUUUCUCCAACUACAAGUUCUUCAUCCUGUUCCUGACUUACUCAUUGGUUUACUGCUUAUUCAUUGCAGCCUCUGUCCUCCAAUACUUCAUAAAGUUCUGGACACUUUGCCGGAGGAAAUCGGCAGAGAAUUGUCCGAAGAGUGACCUGCCAGAGUCUCACGCCAAAUUCCAUGUCUUGUUUCUCUUUUUUGUGGCGGCCAUGUUCUGCAUCAGCAUUCUUUCACUCUUCACUUACCACUUGUGGCUUGUGGGAAAAAACAGGUCCACCAUAGAAGCGUUCAGAGCCCCAGUCUUCAGAAAUGGCCCUGAUAAAAAUGGAUUUUCCCUGGGCUUCAGCAAGAACAUUGCUCAGGUGUUUGGGGACCAGAAGCUGUACUGGCUACUUCCUGUCUUUACCAGUCAAGGAGACGGCUUUUCUUUUCCUACACGGUUGGUUACUGUUGAUCCAGAGCAGCCCACUGAAUGUCUCCAGCCUGGCGGGUUGGAUAAAAGUGCUGUAGAAGGGUCUGCUGAGCAAACCACCCCUCUCAGUGAGUCCCAAAACCGUCUGUUAGGCAACGAUUACCAGAUUGAAGAAGAUCACAAAGAUACAGACAACUUAAAGUCUGAUGAAAGUGAGGCCAUCACUAUCUCCAUUGAGAGCGAGUCAUAGCCAGGGCUGAAGCGGGAGAGGGAUGAAUCCUCAGUGGUCUUGUGCCUUUGACUCCCAGUAUUGGGGACUGUUGAGGAGAAUCACAGCCAUCGAAGCUGAUGCCUUAAACAGCUCUUUUUCUCGGAAAGCUCUUGAACACGUUCCUUUGCCCAUCGCUGUUCUCUCAUAAAUGCUCCCAGUCCCCGUUCAACUAAAGUAGCUGCACUCUUUUAACAAAGAGAUUUGCACGCGUUUCUUUUACAUCCAAUGUUUUUGCACAGCCAACUGUUUUGUUGCUCAGGCCGCCACGAGACAUGCAGAUUUCACGUGCAUGUGAAUUGAUACGGGCACUAGACAUUUUGAAACUGUUCUCCGAAGUGUUUACCAGGAAAUGCACCACAUAUGGUACCACCACUGCUGUUUACUGGAGGGAAAGAUGGGAAAUGUGUUAUUUUCUGGAUCCGUACCAAGUCCAUGGUGUGACUAAGCUCAUCUGGAAACCCACGUGCCACAGUUGAUGGCUCCAGAGUUAAUAGACACCUCAGAGCGCAAGGAGCUCAUUCGCACUUUUAUGUAUAUUGUACUUUUUUUUUUUUUUUUUUUUUUUCUUUUAACAUCUUGUG